AUGUCUGUUCAUGAGUUGGGAGACGUGAGUGCGCAGAACGAAGAGCGUACAAAUUCCAACGAGAACACGAAGGAAGAUGUAAAUACUUCGAUGAAAACUGGUGAUCAAGGGCCAGAUGUUGCUGAAGACUUGGUCCCGGACGUUAUCCUUCCGUCCAACUUCAGCAAAUGCUCUCGAGGCGACCUUGUGAUUUUGAUUUCAAGGAUGCUAUCUUUCCUCAUUCAGAUCAACGAUUCGGCCAUUAAGAGUGAGCAUAAUGAAUUGACGAGAUUUCACUCUAGAGUACCGCCACAGAUUUCCGUGUACGAUUACUUGAUGCGACUGACUCGGUACUCAGCUUUGGAACCCGCUGUCUUGAUAUCAUCCGUUUAUUACAUCGACCUGCUUUCAGCCAUAUAUCCAGCAUUUUCCCUCAAUUCGCUUACUGUGCACAGAUUUCUGCUAACUGCUACGGCCGUUGCGAGCAAAGGGCUUUGCGAUGCAUUCUGUACCAACACUCAUUACUCCAAAGUCGGAGGUGUUCAAUGCAGUGAGCUACACGUACUUGAAAAUGAAUUUCUGAAGCGGGUGAACUACCGAAUAUUACCGCGAGACGACAACAUUUUAUGUUGCAAAAUGGAAAGACAAGAAGGCUUGUUUGUCACAGAUACCUACCCUGAAGGAAAUGUUCGUGGACCAAACAAUGGAUUCAAUGUUCUCGAUACUUAUUACCGAAAGAUCAUAGAAAUCGUGGGCAGCUAUGACUCAUCACCCGAUAAGACUAAGAAAGCGCAUUACUCGAUGGAGCCGUUACUGAAAAAACAUGAAAUCGAACCAUCUAACAAGAAAAGAGUGCUUGAGGACUCUGAAAUCAAAACUAACUCGAAUAAAAAGCCAGCUUAA